AAUGCACUAUCUUGUGUUUCUAGCUUUUUAGUGAUUCGUCACAUGAUUAAUAUACUAUACCGUAUGUAGAAAAGUGGGUGGUUUUGUGGAACUGAAUUAUUGAAAUACUAAAUAAUAAGAAAUUAUUUUCUGUGACACAUUUACACAUUUUAUAGGCAUUAAACAUGGCGCUCAACGAAGAAGAUGUUCAGAAACAGAUAGAACACAUGAUGGCUUUCAUUAAUCAAGAAGCAGUUGAAAAAGCUGACGAAAUUGAUACAAAGGCAGAAGAAGAAUUUCAGAUUGAGAAGGGACGUCUGGUACAAAAUCAACGUGUAAAGAUUAUGGAAUAUUAUGAGCGUAAAGAGAAAAAUUUAGAACUUCAAAGAAGAAUCCAACAAUCCAACAUGCUGAACCAAGCAAGACUUAAGGUGCUGAAAUCUCGCGAGGACCAUGUAGAUAGUCUUCUAGAGGAAGCAAGGAGACGUCUUGACGAGGUCACCUUAGACCAAUCUCGUUAUAGUCAAAUUUUGGAAGGGCUUCUGCUUCAAGGACUCUUUCAACUUUUGGAGCCAACAGUAGUUGUAGUCUGUCGGCAAGCUGAUGUAGAAAUUGUAGAGAGUGUUAUAGAUAAAGUAGCAGCAAAAUAUAAAGAAACCGCUAAGAAGGAUGUCAGUGUAACCGUUAGUAAAGAUCAGUUCCUCGGACCUAAUGUUUCUGGAGGAGUUGAGUUGCUGGCACAGAACAAUAAAAUCAAAGUUAGUAAUACGCUGGACAGCAGGUUAAACCAGAUCAACCAGCAGAUGCUUCCCCAGAUAAGAACAGCACUGUUUGGUGCCAACCCCAACAGGAAGUUCCUUGAUUAGCUUCGUAGAAUUUAUAUAUAAAAUAUUACUGGUACGUCUGGUGUUUAGCUUGCUUAAAGGUCAUGACCUUUGUACUUUGGAGAUUCUGGCUAAUAAUUCAUUUGGUGUAGAGAAUUAUUAUUGUUAGAAGUAAAUUAUUCAAUUAUGAAACUAUGGGUGAUUAUUGUUAUAAUUAGUAUGGUGAAUAUAUAUCUAUGUAAAAAUAAUCAAAUGUAACUUUGAUUAAUACAGUAUUAUAAUAAAACAAAUUAGAAAUACCUAAGAGUUUUGUUGUGAUUUUUGAAUAAAUCUUAAUUACAAAUUAA